AUGUACCGGCAUACCGCUUUGCACCACGCGUCAUGCGGGAAGCUUUCGCUUCCCCGCGCCCACGUAGGCAGGCCCUUAUUACCACCACACAUACCACUGGCCCACUCAUUCCAAGCUCGCUCACGGGUGGCCCUCAAUGUUUCCGCCGCCGCUGCCGCCAGUACACCGGAUCCUGCGGGAUCCACGCCGCUGAACGCUGGCGCACGCAUUCCUCGUAGGGUUGGCGAGGUUGGUUCCGCGUGUCAGAACCUGAUUCGGCAGCAGCAGAAGCGGGCCCUGCUUAGCGAGGCUCAUGCAGUGGCAGCACCUGACCAUUACGGCGUGGCGGAUUCACCCGUGGAUCGCGCGACGUGCGACGUGGCCGACGACGAAGACUUGGAGUUACUGCAGUGCUUUCCCGAUUUCGUUCUCGACCCGUCGGAGAGCGACGAUUCAACCCGGUUAUUCCGGAAGAGCUUCUCUCUGGAUGAUGCUUCUCCCACGAGCCGUUACUUUCCCGGAGACACAGAUAGCAGCGAAGGGUACGUCUCGAUGCCCGACGUGUCGUCGUCGUCGUCAUCGCCGUCCGCGUCGCGCUUCUCCCGGUCUUCCGAGGCCGCAAGGCCCCCCUAUUCGUCGAUGUCCCCUCGGGACGCCAUGCCGCUGCACGCGUCGCCAGGUUCACCGGUGACAGACACAAGUCUGGUGCAGCCGUCCUCAUCCCCGCGUGACCCAUCUCGCCCGCAUUCGCCGCCUGUGCGCGUGGACGAGUUGAAGCAGGGAGCCAUCCGCGCGAUCAUCCGCGCGGAGGAGAAUUACCGCCAGGCGUUCCACGCGCUGCAAGAGGCGCAGGCGCGGCUGGAGAGCACGCGCAUGAUGGCCGCGGAGCUCAACGCCAUUCCGCCGCUGUCGCUGCCGCCGUCGCCGCAUUCGUCGCCCGCCCACUCGCCGCCUACGUCGCCGUUGCGGUCGGCGUCGGUGUCGCCGUCGUUGUCGCGGUCGCCCAGCGCGACGCGACUCGACACCGUCGAAGCGACGCUGCUUGAUGGGUCUGGCGUGGAAAGCGCAGGAUUAGAGUCUGGUUUAGUGGGCGGUAUGGAUCGAGCGGCGGAGCCGGAGGUGGUGGUGGCGAUGAUGGACUCGCUGGCGGCGCAGAGAGAGCGCUCGCGGGAAUCACUGCGCCUGGCGGAGCAGGUGCUGCGCGACCGACUUGGUGAAGCGCACGUGCAGAGCCAAGUGAUCGACCACCACAUAGAGAUGAUGGACUGCGGCGGCCAGUACCACGUCGCGCACUGGCUCGUCGACAAGGUGCAAGAGAUCGCAUCCGCCUCCUCGCGCGCCGAUUGGAGCACCGCCAACGCCGCGUGCAACGGCUCCAUCGCCGGCGCCGCUGACGGCGGUGCGGCGGCGGCUUCGCCGCCGCUGCUGGCCGUGCCUGUGAACCUGGACCUGGCGGCGCAGGGAUACGACGACCACGCGGUGCGGUUCCUGCAGCACCUGCCGUACGAUCGAGUGCUCAAGAUCCGCACCAUCGCAUCGGACCCGCCCUUAGCGCUGCUGCCUUCGCCGGAUACGGCCGACGCAGCAGCAGACAGCAGCCUUGCAAGCUCCACAGCAAGCCCUGCCGCGCCGGCCUCUGGUGCCGUCGUAGCCCCAUCCGCGCCCGAGGGACACAUGCGCGCCAGUGGGGGAAUGGUUACGGGGACGGUGGAUUCGUCGUCCACGUCGCCUGGCGAAAGCUCCGCCAGCUUGGCGAAAAUCUCCGCCAUUAGCGCUGAGUCGGUGUCUGCGGUGUCAGCGGGCGAGCAGCAGGGAACAGCGGAAGCCAUUCCGUUGCGUAAUGUCUCGCAAAGCGGCCAGCACGUCAUCUCUCAGACACCCUGGGCUAAUCUCCUGCCAGGAACUGUUGGUUGGUCACCACCCGGGCUCCUCCCCGCGCCCCCGCCACCCGCCGUUGCUAACGAGCGUCAGCCCCGCGAGGCUAGGAGCCGGCGCGCGCGGGUUUCCAAGCGCACUGCGCCUGCUGCGCCGCCCGCGGAUACCGCGGACGGCGGAGAGUCCUCCGCGGAGCCGGUCUGGCUGCCCGCGUCGAGCUUCGAGCUGGCGGAAGUAGCAGCCGCGGCGCUGACUCAGACAGGCGCGGGGUUAGAGGAGGGGGGGCGCGCGGUGGGGCAGUGGAAGCAGUGGGACCCGCUUGACCUAGCGUCGUCGUCGCCGUUCGUGAAGGAGUUUGGCGACGAUGAUGACGACGCGUACGACGCGCGGCUCGUCGACAUGGCCAUGGCGGCCGCGGCGGACCGCGGGCAGGAGGAGAAGGAGCGGCAGGCGUGGAUGCGCAUGGAGCUGCUGCUGGUGUGCUGCGCCGCGCUGUACAUGGCGUGGCACUGCGACGCCGUGUCGCUCGCGAAAGACGUGUACGUGCUCGCGCUCGGCUCCGGAUUCGCGUUUCUCGCGGCGCAGUUCGUGGGGCUGCUGCCGCAGCGGUGCCGCCCGCAACUGGGGGUGGCUCGGCUGGAGGGGACUGAGGGAAUUCAGGGGAUCCGCUGCCCGCUGCUCGUGCAUAUGGCUGCGACUAGCGCGGGGCUGGGCGCGUCUGGUGAUGCGCUGCCUUCUGCUGGCAGUGGGGUGACGGUGUCCACUGUAGGGGGCGCGGCGGGGGAGGUGUGGCGAGAGGCAGGGGAAGGGGUGGUGCAGGAGGAGGCGCAGCAGCAGCAGCUGGAUGCCAAACGCCAUCGAACAUGGGAAGCG